UUGAGCGUAUGAGGAAAUCUGGGGACUAUUAUGUUACAGUUGUAGAAGAUGUGACCCUAGGACAGAUUGUCGCUACAGCAACUCUGAUAAUAGAACAUAAAUUCAUCCAUUCCUGUGCUAAGAGAGGAAGAGUGGAAGAUGUUGUUGUUAGUGAUGAAUGCAGAGGAAAACAGCUUGGCAAAUUAUUACUAUCAACUCUUACUUUACUAAGCAAGAAACUGAACUGUUACAAGAUUACUCUUGAAUGUCUACCACAAAAUGUUGGUUUCUACAAA